CUAAAAAUAAAAAAAUCCAGAGACCGAAGCUUGCAUCCGUUCGUUCAUCUAAAACCCCAACGAAACCUGCAACUUUGAAGUUUCCUCUCUUUCAAUUUGCUAUCAUUCAUCCAACUAUUUGAUUAUUUCAACUUUCAAGAGUUGUUUGGUGUGUAAUUAAUGACUGCUUCAGUGAUUUAUGCUGGGUGGAUGUUUCCACCGUUAUCCACCUUUGUCCCUAACAGACUGUGCUGCACUCAUUGCACUACCUUUGUUAAACCACCUAAUUUCCGGCCAUUUGGUCAACAAAAGUCAGCCCCUUUGACCACCAGUUGUUUGAGUGACAAGGCUUUGACCACUGCAGCCAGUGACCACAACUAUGGCAAUAAGCAGGUGAUCAGUCUUACACCGCGGAUAUACGACUACUUGCUCGCUAAUGUUAGAGAACCACCGAUUCUAAGAGAACUUAGAGAGGAGACUGCGACCAUGCGUGGUAGUCAAAUGCAGGUAUCCCCUGAUCAAGCACAACUACUUGCGAUGCUUGUCCAGAUUCUCGGGGCAAAGAGAUGCAUAGAAGUUGGAGUCUACACCGGAUACUCAUCAUUGGCUGUUGCUCUAGUCCUACCAGAUUCAGGGAUCCUAGUCGCUUGCGAGAGGGACAAGAACUCACUCGAGGUUGCAAAGAAGUAUUAUGACCGCGCAGGUGUUUCACACAAGGUGGAUGCAAGACAUGGACUAGCCGAGGAUACUCUAAACUCAAUGAUAGAGAACGGAGAAGGUUGCAGCUAUGAUUUUGCUUUUGUUGAUGCCGAGAAAAGAAUGUAUCAAGAAUACUUUGAACUGCUGCUAAAACUGGUGAGACCAGGUGGUGUUAUAGUAAUUGAUAAUGUGCUUUGGCAUGGAAAAGUUGCUGACCCACUGGUUGAUGACGAAAAAACCAAGAGCAUCAGAAGUUUUAACAGAGCUUUAAUGGACGACGUACGUGUUAGCAUUAGUAUGGUACCAGUUGGUGAUGGUAUGACAAUAUGUCGUAAGAGGUGAUUUCUUCACAUGCUUAAAGAAACUAUCAUCAAAUUUCAAAGGGUCUGGGCAUAAGGAAAAUAUACUUGUUGAAGUUCUGUUGACUCCGCAAACUCAUCGGUCAUUGGGUUUCAUGCCUCGAGUGUAUUACCACUUACCAGCAACUGAAAUACUGAAUGUGCUUCAGUUCGAGUUUGGUGACCGAAGUCGGGUAAAUUGGAAAAUAGACAAGAAUAGGAGAUGGUCAUUAAACACGACUAGAAACAUUGUAAUGUAUUUGAACAUGAAGUUGUAUCAACCCAUCUUUUGUUAACCAUCAGUUUUUGUAAGUAAAUUCUUAUAGUAUAGCAUU